CAAAACAUUUAUCCUAGUUUGUCUUCAGAAGCAUUGAAAAUCAUUUAAAAAGAAAAAUCAAAAGAUAAACAUUUCUCUCGAUUCCCUGUAAGGCAACAAAAUCAAGAAAAAAGAUCAUAAAAUUACAAAAAUCAUAAUAAAUCCUCUUUUUGUCAACGGCUACCAAGCGCACACAAAAUCUAACGGCUAUUACUCUUUUCCACUAUUCAAAUCACCAACCUUCAACGGUCAACAAAUACUUUCACUUAAAUCCCCAAUUCUUUUCCAAAACUAGCCGUUACCAUCAAACCCAUAUCUCUCUCUAUGAUCAAAACCCUCAAGAUUCUAUCAAUUCACGAUAGUUGCUAUUCAAAGGCUCCAUCUUUAAUAAUUCUUUUGCAGUUCUGGAAGAAAUUAUCGCUACCCAUUAAUCAAUACUUGUAAAGUAAUAUUUUCUUUUAAUAUUUUUCACUAUCCAUGGCUGCGCCUGCAAGCAAGAACCUUUCUUCCUGCUCUCCAGCACCUAACAAACCCACUAACCCAAGAAAUUCAGAGGUUAGCAAUCCCAUGAGAAGGAGUUUUAGUGGUAAUCCAUUUGCUAAACCUUCGAUUAUUACUAAUCAAAGACCUGGGUUUAACCCCAAUACUCCUGUUAAUAGCCCUUCAGAUUAUCCGCGAAGAAAAUCCAUUGGAAGAGAAAAUAUAAUUGUUUCCUUGCGUGAUUCUGAGGACAAAGAAAACGGUAAAGAUCAGAACUUGAAACAGGCCAAGGUUCAGUCACCAGCUUCUUCAAAGGGUGCCAAGAAUUUCAUGUCUCCAACAAUCUCUGCAGCCUCAAAAAUCCAUGCAUCUCCAAGAAAGAAAAUCCUGACUGAGAGGAAUGAGCAAAUUCGCUCUUCUAGUUCAUAUUCCGAUAGUAAAGGCCCUACUAAGGAAGUCUUGGGUAAAAAGCCUGAAAAGGGUUUGAAUCAGAAGAAGGAGGUCUCAUUUGAUCCAACAAUCAUUUAUUUGGAGGACAAGGAAGAGUUAAAUAGUAAUGAAGAUCUUGAUUCUAUGGUACAUUCAAGUACCAAUGAUGACUUGGAUUCAUCAUCAGAGAGUGCUACUAUGGAAAAUGAUUGUGUUAAUCUUGAUCCAAGUUUUAAUAUUAGUCCAAGGACUUCUUGUUCUUUGCCAAUUCCUGCUUUGGCACCUCUUGAUGCUGAUCCAUCAAUGCCUCCUUAUGAUCCCAAGACUAAUUACCUCUCACCAAGGCCUCAGUUUCUUCAUUAUAAGCCUAACCCACGAAUCGAGCUGUAUCUUAACAAGGAAAGAGAUGGCAAGCAGCUUGAGGAGAUUUUUGCAUCUGAAAGUUCUUCAGAUGCUGAAGUUACUGAAGAGGAAACCCAGUCUGAGGAUUCACAGAAAGAAUCUGAAGGUUCUUCUUCAGGUGAUGUUGUGAAAGAAGAAGAAGAAGAAGAAGAAGAAGAAGAAGAGCUGCUUGUUUCUGAACCAAAUCCCAUCAAUGCAUCUGAGGUGGCUGUUACAGCAAAAAGGGUGUCUAAGCCAAACUUUUUUACGAGAACAAAGUUCACUGCUUUGCUUUUUGUCCUGGCUAUUGCCUGUUUAUGGGCAUCAGUCAGUAAUUCGCCCGUUAUGGACCCUUCUGUGCUUAAUAACUUGAGCUUCUCCAAUCUAUAUGUCCCACCUGAAAUCACAGAGUUCACCAGAGACAAUUUGGAGGGUCUAGCCCAGAAGUUCCGGCAAUGGUUGUAUGAGUAUUUAUCUUAUAUUCAUAGUCUGAUCAUCAGCUUCGGAGAACAGCGCAGACCAGCUCCCCUACAAUUCGCCAACUUGUCUACUUUGCUCAAGGAUGACUUGGUCGAUAAUAAUUUCAUUCUGGCUGGUCAUAGUACUUUCAAGUAUGAAAGCAAUGAGCUAGGGCCAAUAAAGGAAGAAGAGGUUGAUAUUAAGUCAUUGAAGGAACAGAAAGUCCAACCAAUUGAUUCUGAUGAGAAUAUUGAAGAAGUUGCAGAUGCUAAGUUAUUGGAGAAAGAGGAGGAUCGACCAAUUGAAGCUAACGAGACCAUUCCAGAAAUUGCAGAAGAUGCCAAGGAAGCUGAUCAAGUAGUUAUAGAAGGAGAGAACAAGGAAGUCCAACCAAUUGAUUCCUAUGAGAGUAUUGAAGAAGUUGCAGGACUUGAGUUAAUGGAGAAAGAGGAGGAUCAGCCAAUUGAAGCUGAUGAGACCAUUCGAGAAGUUGUAGAAGCCACCGCUGAAAUUGAUCAAGAAGUAAUAGAAGGAGAUAGCAAGGGCCAAGAGUUUGAAAAACAAGAAGUGAUUGCAGCACAUGAAUACUUUCAGCUCCCAGUUCCAAUCCCACAGGCUGCUGACAUUCCGCCAGAAGUGUCUGAGUCCAGUGACUCUAUAGCUGAAACUGAUACGUUUUCAGCCAAAAUUGAGUCCAUUAUAGCAGAGAACAAACUUGAAAGCUUAGAGUCAGAUGCUAAAAUGAAGAGUUCUCAAAGUACAGAAUCAGUGGACUUGUCACUUGUAGGAAACAAGAACCUGUUUUCAGCACAGACGAUCAUGGGAAUUUCCUUGCUCGUGUUGAGUCUACUUGCUGCUGUUGCUUUCAUUAAAACGAAGAAUCAGACAUCCAGAGGACCAACAGCUGCUAUCACAGGGGAUGAAGUGCCACUGACUCAGAAACUUUAUCACAAUUCCUUGUCAGUGACCACGGGACACACAUCCCAGGAGAGGUCACCUUCUUCAAGGAAUUGGCAGACAGAGGUUGAAACAACUGGGGAGUCAUGUCCAUCAGAAAUGAGCAGUUUCCAGUACAGCAGCUCAUCUUACUAUAGCAAACAAGGACAAAAGCGCAUGACAAGUGAAGCUCAGAGCCAAGAAAGGAAGCCUAAAAGGAGCACCAGGAGAGAAUCCAUGGCCUCAUCAGAUUGUUCUAUGGGGUCACCUUCUUAUGGCAGUUUCACCACAUAUGAGAAAAUAACAAACAAGCAUGGAAAUGGAGAAGAAGUGUGGGUUACUCCGGUCAGACGAUCCAGCAGAAUCAAAAACCAAGUCACUUCUCCAUGACACAAAUAGAUAAAUUCUCCUCUCUCAGUUGCCACUACUUAGUUUAGCCGACUUAAGUUCCUAUUUGACUGCUUGUAAUUACAGUGACUACUCCACUCCGCUAGUCAGUAGUCAGUAGCUUUCUGUUAACAUAAUUCUGAACCUGAUCAGCGUAGUUCCUAAACUACUUUGAAUUCUUUAAUGGGCACUUGAUUAGUGCCUUUCUGUGUAUUCCAUUCCUUUGCAUUGAAUUGAGACUCUGCAAAAAUUAUGUUACAUCAGGAUGGAUCAUGGAUAUAAAUAUUUCCUGCAUCAGGAAGUGUACUGUAAUCAAGUAAUGUAAGCUAUUUUUGAUCUCCUUCAUGCC